UUUCGCUGUCUUACCUCGCGUGUGAAAAACGAGAAUUUUGACUGGCACGAGGUGCAGGACAUUCUUAAUAACCACUUGAUUAUCACUAUUUAUGUUAAUAAAUAUAAUACAACUUUGAAGCUAAUUCUUCGGAGUUUACUGCGACGUAUUUGUUGUCUUGACGUGAGGUCCUUGAUCAGCUGACUUCAAUUUGACUUAUCGACUGAGAAAACUCACCCAGGAGCAGAUUUGAAAUUUUCGGAAUGACGAUACACUCAACGUAUCAAGCAACAUCCACUCUUGAAAUAAAAAAUGGGAAUUACAAAGACCAAAAAAAUUGUAAGAAGCUCAAGUUUCGACGACUUCCAUGACUCGUCCAUUGAAUCAACAGUUUUGGAUGCACAGAAUCCUUUCGUGAGCAUUCUGAAACUGGAUUUAUUGGUUUUAUUAACAGUUGGAUACUACUUUCGAAGAUUAGUCAGAGUGAUCACACCGAUGCUGAGGAUAUUCACCAUCGUCAGCUUUGGAAUUACUUUGGUACUGACUUUUUUGUUGAUUCAUUCGUCGUUGAAUCACUCGUCAUCACGAGAAUUGGCAAUUGCUGGGCAAUUGCAGAGUACUAAUUAUCUGCUGCAGCAGGAGUUGGAACGAUUGAGAAGCAAGACUUUGGGCCUUGAACUUGCUAUUAGGAAAAUGAAUUCUCAAUUGAACGCAGUACGAGUGGACUCAAAAAAUCAUCAAGAAACAUUAGCUGAUUUUGCUUCAGAAUCGGCUGGGGGCUCCAUCAUUGACACCCCAGGGACAAAAUCGUAUCACGACCAGAGCCAACUCCAAACACUGUUCGGCAUUCCGAUCUGGAAGCCGAAUUAUUUCACUCCUCGCAAAGUCAUUCAGCCAUGGAGCCAAGCUGGCGAAUGUUGGGCUUUCUAUGGUGCCCAAGGAAAAAUUGAAAUAGAACUUGCAUAUUCAACGUUUGUCAAUAGAGUGACUAUGGAACAUAUUCCAGCUAGUGCAUCACUGACUGGGAGUAUUGAUUCAGCUCCCAAGGAAUUUCGUGUGCUUGGGAAAUUUCGAGGAAAAUACAUCGAACUGGGUAGCUUUAUGUACAGGGACGAGGGACCUCCAUCCCAAAGUUUUCAAAUUGUGAGAGAAGACAUGCAGAAUACACCAAUGAAGCAGAUAAUGUUGCAAAUCCUCUCCAACUGGGGCAAUCCCGACUACACAUGCAUCUAUCGUUUCAAAGUCCAUGGAAAAAUGUCAAAUAAUCUCCAGGAUAUGUAA